AGGGCUUAUAUGUUAGUAAAAACUUGGAACUUUUUGCGAAAGCUCAUUGGCGGAUCGGACAGAUCUUCCGCCAACGAGUUCCAAGUAAACUUGAAACAUAUAAGGUCUAUUAGUAACAUUUUCUCUUUGUCUGGUCAUGUCUGUCAAAGAAGAGGAAUACGAUGAGCUCGAUGAUGAUGACGACGUUCUUGAAGACAACUUCGAUCCAAACCAAUUCUUCGUCGAAGACGAGCUCGAAAUACCCACGGCAACUUCCUAUUCAACUGACACGCUCCACACCAUGAUUCAUCAGGGAGAUAUUGAUCUUGAUCCUGGAUAUCAGCGAGAGGUCGUGUGGCCAGCGGCAAAGCAGUCGCAGAUUAUUCAGUCUCUCUUCCAUCACUAUUACAUCCCCCCAGUUGUCUUCUCCAUUUACGAAGAUCCAGACACGGGUAUUGUCAUUCGAAAAUGUGUGGAUGGAAAGCAGCGUUUGACAAGCGUUCAGAAGUUCAUGGAUGGCCAAAUUCCUUAUAAACAUCCACGGACGAAGAAGCUUUGGUUCUAUUCAGUCACGAAGUCGCAGAGAGGCUCGAAGAAAGAGAUUCCUGACGAGUGGAAGGAAAUAUUCGACAAUAAGCUCAUCACCGCAGUCGAAUUUCACCAUCUUACAACUGAUGGAGAACGUGAGCUCUUCCAACGAGUUCAACUCGGAAUGCCUUUAACUGUCCCAGAACGACUCCAAGCCAUCCCAUCCGAAUGGUCUGAAUGGGUACUCAGACUCGAUCGGACCUAUGUCACCAUCGAAAAUGGACUCGUCGACUAUAUCGAUAUUGCAACAACCCGAGCUCGUACCUUCUAUAACGUCGCUAUUCUCGUCUUUUGUUGCCACGCGCUUCCUGCUACCCGUUCGCAGCCCACCGCAUCGACGUUAGAGAAGUUCUUGAGGGAUACACCCAGUCCCGAACCGGAAUUCAAGAGAAAAAUUGACCAUGCCUUGCAGAUGUUCUUGCAGAUUGCCUCGGAUGUGAAAUAUGGGCAGAUUGCAUUCAAGUCGCCGAACAAGAAGGUAGCGCCUGUUGAAUUCGUCUUCAUUGGCGUCCUUCUCUAUCUCACUGACGGUGAUGAUUACGACGACGACACCCGCGCAAGAUAUAUUGCCCGUUUCCGCCGCACACUACGCGAUCGCCAUAAAGAUAUCCGAAUGAACAAUCGUGUCGUUGCGACUGCUUGGGAGAUUCUAGAAGCCAUCCAAGAUGAGGAUGAUGAGUUGCCAUCAGUAGGAACAAAACGGAAGAGUCGGGCUCAGGAUGGGCCGUCUGGCAAAGGAAAAGGGAGGGGAAGAGGAAGAGGACGAGGACGAGGCACGGGUCGUGCUUAA